AUGCCUCCUCCGCCCCACGCAAAGCCCGAGAAUGUUCUCAAGAGGGCUCACGAACUCAUGGGCGUUGGCCAGUCACCAGCGGCCCUCGUUCUCCUUCACGAGCAUAUCACUUCCAAGAGAAGCAGAAAUGUUCCCAUCACCUCGUUGGAGCCUGUUAUGGUCCUCUUGGUUGAACAGUCCGUCGAGCAGAAGAAGGGAAAGCUAGCCAAAGACGCGCUUUAUCAAUACAAGAAUAUCAGUCAGAACACUAAUGUUGGCACGAUUGAAUUGGUUCUCAAGAAAUUCAUCGAGCUAGCAGAGGAGAAAGUCAAGACCGCACAAGCAAAGGCCGACGAAGUUCAGUCGUCUCUCGAAACCACUGCAGACACUGCCGGCGUUGACGAUCUCGAGGCCAGCGAAACCCCAGAAUCCAUCCUCCUCUCCACUGUGUCCGGCGAGCAGUCCCGAGAUCGCACAGAUCGCGCAAUCGUAACGCCAUGGCUCAAGUUCCUCUGGGAGACAUACCGUACCGUUCUCGACAUCCUCCGAAACAAUGCCCGGUUGGAGAUCAUGUACCAGAGCACCGCUAUGCAAGCAUUCGAGUUCUGCCAGAAGUACACACGAAAGACCGAAUUCCGCAGACUUUGCGAACUUCUCCGAAACCAUGUACAGACCGCUGCAAAGUACUCUGCUCAGAUGCAUGCCAUCAACCUCAAUGACCCAGAUACCCUUCAGCGCCAUCUCGAGACCCGUUUUCAACAAUUGAACGUUGCAGUUGAGCUUGAGUUGUGGCAAGAGGCUUUCAGGAGUGUUGAGGAUAUCCAUACAUUGCUCAAUCUUAGCAAGCGCCCACCAAAGAACGUCAUGAUGGCAAACUACUAUGAGAAGCUGACCAGAAUCUUUUUGGUUGGUGAGAACUAUCUAUUCCAUGCCGCUGCGUGGUCCAGGUAUUACAACCUCCUCCGCCAGUCUGCCUCCAUGGUUGCAUCUGGUCAGAGCAAGAAGGCAGACAACCCAGCUACUUCCGAAGCAGACCUUUCAAAGGCCGCCUCCUUCGUCCUGCUGUCAGCUCUUGCUAUUCCAGUCAUCAGCACUUCAAGAUCUCGUGGUGCUCUAGUUGACAUUGAUGAGGCUAAGAAGAACAAGAACUCUCGUCUCACCCACCUCCUCGGUAUGGCUCAGGCCCCCACUCGUGCUGUGCUUUUCCGAGAUGCCAUGAGCAAAGGUUUGUUGAAGCGCGCUCGUCCUGAGAUCCGUGAGCUUUACAACAUUCUCGAAGUCGAUUUCCACCCGCUUUCCAUCUGCCAAAAGAUCUCUCCAAUCUUAACCAAGAUUGGCGCUGAUGAGGAGAUGGCGAAAUAUGUUCUUCCUCUCCAGCAAGUCAUCCUGACUAGGCUCUUUCAACAACUGUCGCAAGUAUAUGAAACCGUCGACCUUGCAUUUGUUGAGAACCUUGCCAGAUUCCCCGAGCCAUUCCAAGUCAGUCGGGACACUAUUGAGAAGUUCAUCAUGAAUGGAAACAAGAAGGGUGAUCUUGCUAUUCGCAUGGAUCACGCUACAGGUGUUCUCAGCUUCGACACUGAUGUCUUCUCGUCUACUAAGGCUGUAAAUGCUGGCACAAGUGCUGGCUCUGCUGAGAGUGAGACUUCUUCUGUUCAGCGACUACAAAACACACCGUCGGAAAUUGUACGCACACAAUUGACCCGGUUAGCCAAGUCUCUCUUCGUUACCUGCCAGUACAUCGACCCCUCGUACAACGAGGCCCGAAUCAAAGCUAGGGAUGCAGCAUAUGCAAAAGCUAGAGCAGGUGCUGAACAGGAACAUCACGAUAUUUUGGCACGCAAAGAAGUCAUAACCAAGCGGAAGGAAGAGGCAUCCGAAAUUCAAGCACGUAAGGAGAAAGAGGAUGCUACUCGAAAGCGGAUCCGAGCAGCACAAAUCCAGGAAGCCGAAGACAAGCGACUCGCUCAGGAGCAGAAGGACCGCGAGGAGAAGCGCAUGAAGGCCGAGCUAGAUCGUGUUCGUAAGGAGGAACUCAAGAAGCAGAUUGCUGAUCUCAAGAUCGGUCCUAAAGCUAUCGACAUCGACAUGGACGACUUGGAUAAUAUCGACAGCAACCGGAUUCGUGCCAUGAAGCUUGCUCAGUUGGAGCGGGAGAAGAACGACAUGAACGAGAAGCUCAGAAUUACUGCCAAGCGUAUCGAUCACAUUGAGCGUGCACAAAGAAAGGAAGAAGCCAAGAAGCUGCCAGCAGAUUAUGCCGCACAGCGUGAGCGUGAUUUGGAGGCCUAUGAGAAGACCAAGGCUCAGACUUUGGAAGAUGCCGAAGCGAAGCACGAACAUAAUGUUGCACUCAGCAAGAGGCUAGCGAGAGUUGUACCUUACUAUGAGUCAUUCCGCGAGACUAUUGUUGAGAGAAGACGCGAUGAGUUCGAGCGAAGCCGCCGCAAGGCAGAGAAGGACUUACAGGACCAGAUGGAUGCCCGCAGAAAGGAGUUCAGAGCGCGCAAGGCUCGUGAGAAGCGGGAGCUUGAGGAGCAAGACAGGAUCUUGAGGGAAGAGGAAGAGCGCGCUGCCAGAGAAGCAGAGGAGAAGGCCGCUAGGGAUGAGCAGAAGAGAAAAGAGUUUGCAGAAUUGAAGGCAACCCGGGAGAAGGAGAGAUCGGAGGCGUUAGCCAUUGCGGAGCUGCAAGAGCGCAGAGCGACAGAGGCUGCUGCACGCAGACAAGAGGCAAAGAUUGCCGGACCUUCCCGUGGUGUGGCCCUCGACCGUGGAGAGUCUGGCUCUGGAUCUGGUGCUGUUCGUCCACCUUUACCUCUUGCUGGUGCGAAGUUGGGAUGGAGAGAAAAGGAGCGCCUGCGUAUCGAAGGGAAGGAGGUGCCAGGACCGACCCGAACCGAAUCACCCGCCGCCCGAGCCUCACCAAUGGGUCGCCCUGCUCCUGCUAUUAUGGAGCGAACCGAUUCAAACGAUCGCCCUGCAGAGAGAGGACCACCUCGUCUCGCUCUUUCCGGAGGCAAACCAUCAUGGCGAGAGAGGGAAGCAGCAAAGGGGACCAGCGGUGGUGAGCCUGCUGCACCAUCCCGGGUACCACCUCCCAUGGAUCGUGGCAGAUCAAGAAGAGACGACGAACGUGAUGAAUCCCCUGCUCCGGCUCCUGCGGCUGGUAAUAGCCUCAAGCCCAGCGGAACAGCUGGCAAAUUCGUCCCACCACACCUUCGCAACAAGGCCUGA